CACGGGUACAGUUCGGGUGAGCAUGCUCACGUUCAAGGAGAAGUUGGCGCACAACUUGGUGCCUGAGUGGGAAGAGCACUACGUCAACUACUCGGAGCUCAAGCACCAUGUCAAGCAGAUUCAGCGGCGCGCGAGCUUCCUCGCCAUGUCGUCGGGCGACUACACCGAGUCGAAUGAGCCGGAGCGAGCUCGGUUGAUCAAGACGUCCAAGCCGACCCACUUCGAAGAGGAGUUCCUCGACGAGUGCGAAAAGGUCGAGAGGUGGUACUGCACGCAGCUGGAAGAGUUCCAUAAGCAGUUCGCUCUCUUGCAGGACCAGUACGCCCAAGCGCGGACGAGUCAGGCGCCGCUGGUGCCACCAACCACAGACUUGGACGACGCGCCAGUCGAGUCGGACGCGUUCACGUUGGAACGGGAUUCGAUCAAGCAAUCCCUCGUCGAACUGUACAAGUUGUUGCGCCUGCUGCAGAACUUUGCACUGUUAAACUACACGGCGCUUCGCAAGGUGCUCAAGAAGCACAAGAAGAAAUGCGGCGCGCGCUUUGAAAAGGCCCACCGGUCGCUGAACGACUCGCUGCACGACUACGCGUUCAGUCAUGCGCUGCCUGUGAAGGAGAGCAUUCUGCAUUUAGAGCACUACUUCACCGCGACCUUCCACGACAACGACCGCGUGCUGGCGCUGGCCGAGCUGGACGACUGGAAGGACUCGACGCUCAACUGGCAGAACGUGUACACAGGACUCAAGAUGGGCAUGUGCAUGGUAUUGGCCACGUGGCUGCUCUGGGAUGACGUGGCGCUGGUUGCGUUGUCGCAGAGUCAAGGGAACCAUCCCAUUCGACUAGUGCAAACCAAGGCAUACCCGUUCUACCGUGGCGUGGCGCUGUUCCUGUUCUUCCUGUGGCUGUGGGGCGCUACCUUGUAUGCGUGGCAAGCGGCCAGAAUCAACUACCGCUACAUUUGUGAAUUGGACCCCCACGCGACCCAAGAUUUUGCCCACGUGUUUGACGACGCCAGUCACUUGAGCAUGCUGUAUUUGAUCAACUUUAUCGUCUACGUCCAAGUGGAAAAUCACUCCCUACCGGAAUACAUUUCCAAGGGAUAUAUACCCCUUGUGCUAGCGCUGUACUUUAUAUUUUUCUUCUUAUCGAAAGACUGGGGCCAUCAAAGGCGGCUGGUGCGGGUAUUGCGAGACAUUGUGUUGUUGCCGCUGUUCCCAGUAACGUUUAUGCACACGUUUGUGUGCAACUACCUCACAAGUGCGGCGAAAAUGAACCAAGAUUUUGCCUGGUCCGUGUGCUUUUUCACGACGGGCGAGUUCCUCGAGCCAUCGACGUCGACAUCUGCCUGUUCGUCCAACUUUUAUUACGCCCGUGUAGCUGUGCCGUUGAUCUCCGCCCUUCCUCUGUGGUGGCGAUGCGUGCAAAGCCUGCGUCGGGUGUACGAGAUGAAGGGGUGGUUUCCUGGGCUUUUGAACGCCAUCAAGUACGCGCUGGCCCAACUGGUGGUGCUGUUUGGUUUAUUUCAUUCAUUCUAUUCGCCAGUGGAGCCCAGCAACGUCGUGCAGGUGCUGUGGGUGGUGCUAUUCGUCGUGAGCUCCGUGUACAGUUGGCUGUGGGACGUCGUGAUGGACUGGGGACUGGGCCGUCCGCAGAACCAUUUCCUCGGCGACGGCCACAUGUACUCUAGACGAUGGGUGUACUAUGCGGCGAUGGCGGUGGACUUUGUGCUGUGCUUUUCAUGGACGUUGGCUCUGAUUCCACCCACAGACGAGUAUUCGGUCGUCGUGGGGGUCCUCUUGUACCUCCAGCCCGUGACCAUGUUCAUGGAGCCCAUCCGCCGGUCCAUGUGGAGCUGCUUUGCCAUGGAGAACGAGCACCUGCGCAACACCCUGGGCUUCCGUAAGGAACGAUUCAUUCCCCUGCACUUUGAGCGCAAACCGCACAAGAAAGCCACAGACAAGCGAGACGACUCACAGUACGCGGUCAAGGUGGUCGCGCUGGCGGUCGUGGUGGUUGCCUUGAGUGCAUCGGCCAUCUUCCUCGGCAACUGAGGCGGCAUACUGCAUACAUACUGUAAUCAAUUGUACUGGGAUUAGAGUUGUGGAG